AUCCAAGUCAAGUCUACUUGCCCGUAUUUCACUUCCAACACCAAAGAUCCAAGUCAAGUCUACUUGCCCGUAUUUCACUUCCAACAGCUUUCAAACGAAGAAAAACAAAGGUUAUUUCAA